AAACCAAGCCUCUUAGUUGCAGCGAUUGACUUUGGCACAACCUUUUCUGGUUAUGCGUUUUCUUUUCUGCACGAAUACAAUACAGAUCCUUUAAAGAUCUCAGCAGCUACGUGGAAUGCAGGCGAAGGAGGUUUUGUAUCUUUAAAAACCUCGACAUGCGUUCUUUUUGAUCCGACAAAAACAUUUCAUUCUUUUGGUUAUGAGGCUGAAGAAAAGUAUUUAGACUUGGCCGAUGAAGACGAGCAUCAUGAUUGGUUCUACUUCAGAAGAUUCAAAAUGAUGUUGUACAACAAUAUGGAUUUAACCAGAGAAACUAUUAUUGAAGAUGAAAAAGGAAAGAAAAUGGAAGCACUGAAAGUAUUUACUUCUUCUAUUGGCUAUCUGAAAAAUAAAUUAUUGACCAAGUGUAAAAAUCAGACGACUGACAUAAAUGAGUCUGAAAUAACGUGGGUUUUAACAGUGCCAGCGAUUUGGGACGACAAAUCGAGACAAUUUAUGAGAGAAGCUGCGGAAAAGGUCCCUAUAUAUGGAGAGAAGCUAAUUCUAGCUCUAGAGCCGGAGGCAGCCUCGUUUUACUGCAGGCAUCUUCCUGUACAAAAAGACAGCGAUAAUUCUACAUACGGUGUCUUCAAAUCCGGAGAAAAAUACAUGGUUGUUGAUGCUGGGGGUGGAACAAUAGAUAUCAUUGUCCAUGAAGUUAAGGGUGAUGGUUACGUAAGGGAACUCUACAAGGCAAAUGGAGGCGAUUGGGGCGGCACCAAGGUAGAUUCAUCAUUUAUAAGUCUCUUAGCCGAUGUUGUCGGCAAAGACGUUAUGGAGACCUUCAAAUCUGACAAAAAGUAUGAUUUCCUUUAUCUUAUGAGGAAUUUUGAAAUAAAAAAGAGGACAAUCUGCCCCGAACGAAGUGAAAAAAUAAUCAUUAAUAUCCCAAUUAGUUUGUCAGAGACUUUUUCCAAAAUGAACCCGGGAAGUAACAUCAAUGAGGUUACAUUAAAUUCCAAAUACGGUUACCAGCUGACUUGGACAGGCAAUAAAGUUCGAAUUCGAAUGGAGGCAAAACUCGCCAGGACGCUAUUUGAUGCAAAUUGCAAGCAGAUAGUAGAUCACCUAAAGGACCUUUUCAUGCAACCUGUUGUAAAAGAUGUCUCAUCCAUCUUACUGGUAGGAGGCUUUGCAGAGUCACUCAUGUUACAAUCGGCUAUAAGAGAUGCAUUCAAAAAUAAAAAGGUUAUUAUACCAGCGGAAGCUGAUUUGGCUGUGUUGAAGGGAGCAGUAAUAUGUGGGCAUGAACCCGAAAAAAUUUCAGGUAGAAUUUGCAGAUAUACGUACGGUGUAGAUAUUGUUACGGAAUUCGAUAGCACCAUUCAUCCCAAUUCUAAGAAAUUCCUACGUAAUAAUAAAGAAUACUGUGACGACAUCUUUGAUAUUCAUGUCCGCGUUGGACAAAUCGUUGAGGUUGGGGAACCCCAAGUGAGACAAACAUACGUAGUGACAAAACCAGAUCAAGAGAGUAUCGAAUUUAAAAUUUACACUUCAAAUAACAAAGAGCCAACUUAUACGACAGAUGAAGGAUGUACAUAUCUGGGCACGCUUACUAUUGACAUGCCAGACACGUCCAAAGGAAUAGAUCGUGGAGCCACUGUCCACAUGACGUUCAGUGGCACUGAAAUCACUGUCACAGCGGUUGAUAAAGAUGAUCCAGAAAGAGCUGUGACGACCAAAGUUGACUUCCUUGGCUGA